AGCCUGCUCACCCCAAUGAAGAUAGACAUCGACCCCAGCUUACAAGUUGCUCGCAACCAGGAGAAAGAGCAGAUCAAGACCCUCAACAACCGUUUUGUCUCAUUCAUUGAUAAGGUAAGACACCUGGAGCAGCAGAACAAAAUGCUGGAAACCAAGUGGAAGCUGUUGCAGGGACAGACUGCCACCUCCUCUAAUGUUGAACCCAUGCUGAAGGCCUACAUCUCCAACCUCCAAAGGCAGCUGGAGUUUCUCAACAAUGACAAACAAAAACUUGACAUGGAGAACAAUGUAAUGUACAAAAAUGUGGACGACUACAAGACAAAGUAUGAGACAGAGAUCAUCCACAGGAAUGAUACAGAGAAUGAAUUUGUCAUAAUCAAGAAGGACGUGGACGCAGCCUACAUGUCCAAGAUGAAACUAGAAGAAAGUGUGCGUCUUAUCCGUGAUGAAUUCAACUUCCUCAAGGCUCUGUAUGACAAGGAGCUGCGUGAGCUGCAGGAGAGCCUGAAGGAGACCUCCGUGGUGGUGCAGAUGGACAACUCCCGUGGCCUAAAUAUGGAUCAGAUUGUGUCUGAGGUUAAGGCUCAGUAUGAGGACAUUGUUGCCCGCAGCCGUGAAGAAGCUGAAAGCUGGCACAAAAACAAGUUUGACCAGAUGACUGCAGAAGCCAACCAAUACGGCAAUGAGCUGCAUAGCACAAAGGGGGAAAUAUCUGAGCUCAACCGAAUGAUCAGCCGCCUGCAGAAUGAGAUCCAGGCUGUAAAGGCACAGCGUACCAACCUUGAGGGCCAGGUAGCCGAAGUGGAGCAGCGUGGGGAGGGGGUCGUGCAGGAUGCCAAGGCUCGCAUCAGGGACCUGGAUAUGGCUUUGCAGAGGGCCAAGCACGACAUGGCUCUGCAGCUCAGAGAGUACCAGGAGCUCAUGAAUGUGAAGCUGGCCCUGGACAUAGAGAUCUUCACCUACAGGAAGUUGCUGGAGGGAGAGGAGGAAAAGUGA